ACACACACACACGCAGACAGAUAGUAAGACUUGGCAAGCAUAGAAACCGUCUAGCUUACAAGCCAGAUCACAGAGCUUCAUCGCCUCAGCAGACUAAAUACAUUUGUAAUACCUUCUUCACCCGUUAUUUCUCUCUCUUUCUUUUUCUGUAUCCCUGGAUUCAGCUACAGGCCACGCAGCAUUUUUCACAGUCCCUGAUCUGUGGAACAUCUUCACCGCCUCCUCCUCACCUCCACCAUGUCCGACCCUGCUGCGGAGCUCCCGUUCUUCUAUGGCAGCAUCAGUCGCUCGGAGGCCGAGGAGCACCUGAAGCUGGCCGGCAUGGGAGACGGUCUCUUCCUAAUGCGUCAGUGCCUCCGCAGUCUGGGCGGCUAUGUCCUCUCCAUAGUUUGGAACCUGGAGUUUUAUCACUACUCUAUAGAGAAACAGUUAAAUGGGACGUACUGCAUUGCGGGUGGAAAGCCUCAUUGUGGACCCGCGGAGCUAUGCGAAUAUUAUAGCAAAGACCCAGAUGGGCUGGUGUGCACCCUAAGGAAGCCAUGCCUGCGAACGGCCGACACGCAGAUCACACCUGGAGUGUUUGACAGCCUGAGAGACAACAUGUUUCGAGAAUAUGUUCGCCAGACCUGGAAUUUAGAGGGUGAAGCGCUGGAGCAAGCGGUCAUCAGCCAGGCCCCACAGCUAGAGAAACUGAUUGCCACCACAGCACAUGAAAAAAUGCCCUGGUUCCAUGGCAAGAUUGCUCGACAGGAGGGUGAGAGACGGCUGUACUCAGGAUCUCAGCCGGACGGAAAGUUCCUAGUAAGAGAAAGAGAAGAAUUUGGCACCUUUGCGCUGUCUGUGACAUACGGGAAAACAGUAUAUCAUUAUCAGAUCUUGCACGACAAAUCAGGGAAAUAUGCGAUGCCGGAGGGAACUAAAUUUGACACUGUCUGGCAGCUGGUUGAAUACCUAAAGAUGAAACCAGAUGGUCUUGUGACUGUACUUAGAGAACCAUGUAUCAACCAGAAUAAUGCACCAGCAGUUGUCUCGAACGGCCCGAGGUGGAAGAGGGGAAAUGGGUACACGCCGCCCCCUUCGGUUCCCAAACCUCCAGGAGCAGAGUUUCGUCCAAAUUUGCCUAUGGACCAUGAUGCGUUCAUCAGUCCUUAUGACGAUCCGAAUGAAUGCAAGAAGAAAACGCUGUUCAUCAAGAGAGACAAGCUCAUGAUCGACGAGGUGGAGCUUGGAUCAGGCAACUUCGGAUGUGUGAAGAAAGGUGUUUUUAAAAUGGAAAGCAAACAGAUCGAUGUGGCUAUUAAAGUGUUGAAAAACGAGAACGAUAAAUCAGUAAAGGAGGAGAUGAUGCGAGAGGCACAGUUUAUGCAUCAGCUGAGUGAUCCCUUUAUUGUGCGCAUGAUUGGGCUCUGUGAGGCCGAAGCACUCAUGUUGGUCAUGGAGAUGGCCCCUGCUGGCCCGCUCAACAAGUUUCUCUCUGGCAAAAGGGACCAGAUCACUGCGGAUAACAUAGUGAUGUUAAUGCAUCAGGUUUCCAUGGGGAUGAAGUAUUUAGAAGGCAGGAACUUCGUUCACAGAGACUUGGCUGCCCGUAAUGUACUUUUGGUCAACCAGCAAUACGCCAAGAUCAGUGAUUUUGGUCUCUCCAAGGCGCUGGGUGCAGAUGACAAUUAUUACAAGGCACGCACAGGGGGGAAAUGGCCUUUAAAGUGGUAUGCACCCGAGUGCAUCCAGUUUCACAAAUUUUCCGGCAAAAGUGACGUUUGGAGCUUCGGCAUUACCAUGUGGGAGGCCUUUACCUAUGGAGGAAAACCGUAUAAGAAAAUGAAAGGCCCAGAAGUAAUGAGUUUUAUAGAAAGUGGAAAUCGUAUGGAAUGCCCAGCCGGAUGCCCUGACACCAUGUAUGAAUUGAUGAAAGACUGCUGGAUAUACAAGCAUGAAGACCGACCUGGCUUUGUAAUUGUUGAGGAGAAGAUGAGAACUUUCUAUUACUCCAUUGCAAAAAAGAUACCAGACUACAUGAAAAAAGACGGUGAAAGUCCUCCUACAAAUGAUAACUGAAUUGAGGACACAAUAAAAACAUGGGAAGAAGCAUUCUGAAAAUACUUUUGAUGUUCAUAAAACUCUCAGAAGAAUGCAAGUGAUUUUUUGAUUAUAUGCCUGCCGCCAUCAGUAAUAGAUACUUUGUAUUGCUUAUGUUCAUAAUAAUGUGUAAUUAUUACUAUUUAAAUAUGCAAUGUGAUCAGAUAUUCAAACUAACAAUCUCCUGCUUUCUGUUGGAUAUUGUGUUUCUUCAAGUUUCUUGUCAUUUCUGAGUUUUAUUAAAAAAAACGUUUUAUA